GAUUGUUCCAGCAAGAUGAUUAAACUCGCUAUUAUAGUGUCAGUGCUUUUAAGGGUUACAUUAGCCGCAGACCCUCUACGUGUAUAUAAAGGGAAACCCGACUCAGAAAACGAAUUCCCUUUCAUUGUGCUAUUUUACUUAAAAAUAAUCCCACAGUUUACUUUUAGAACGUGCACUGGAAGUCUAAUUGCCGAAAACUGGGUGCUCACAGCGGCGCACUGCUUGAUCAAGGAUUUCAAAUUGGCUGUAAGAUAUGGAGAUUUUACUUUACCGCCAACUGAGACAUCAUUAAUUUCGGAUAUAAUAGAAACAUUCGCUCCACCGACAUCUAAUUUACCAGCGAGUGUAGGGGAAGAAUGGGAGAUGGUGCCAAGAGAUGACAUAGGAUUGGUUUUAGUUGAAAAAAUCCCAAAGAAACAUGCGAAUAUAUUAGCGUUAGACUAUAAGACUUUAUUCGGUCUGCCAGUGAAAUUCGCCGGUUUUGGAAGAACUAGUGGUACUAUAUCUGAAAAGUUUUCUUUGAAUAAAACUGUUCAGCUCGCUGGGAAGCCUCUGCAAAUUGGUGAAGGUAUUGUAGUGCCUUGCUAUAACUUUGAAAAUAUAGGUCCGGUGGUCUGUGUGGCAGCGAAGUGCUCGAACAAAAAGCAAAUGACUCUUCCAGGCGAUUCUGGCGGGCCACUGGUGCUCAAUGGUAGUAUAAUUGGCGUUACCAAAGGAGGGGCGACUCAGCAUGUUUCUUUGAGUGGUGCAUUCACUCCUGUUAAUAUUUAUUUGCAAUGGAUAAAAGAGGUCAUGAAUAAUAAUGAUCAUAAUGAGGCCCGAAGGUCGCGAGUUCGAAUGCCGACUCGCACCACUAGGUUUCUUGGAACAUAUGUACCAAAUGUCCUCGGAUAA